GAAGGAUGCAGAUGUGUACCGUGUGCUGGGUGCCGGGACUGCUCCUCCUCAUAGGGACUGCUGUGUGCCUGGCUGCCUGUCCCUGCUCGGACCCGGCUCUGUGUCAGCCCAUCCAACACUCCCGGGACUUCGAGGUCUAUGUCUUCCUCGUACGUGGCAAAAACUGGAAGCACUAUGACUGGUCUGAGGUGACUACAGUGGCUUUAUUUGCCCCCUAUGACCCCGAGCUCAUGUGCUUUGCACACUCCAAAGGAGCAAGAUACGUACUAACUGGAGAUGUGUCCGUGAAGAAAAUCGUAGACCCAAAGGUGAGAGCUGACUGGAUUGCAGAGAAGGUGAACCUGGCCAAGGCUCAGUACAUGGAUGGGAUCAACUUGGACAUCGAGCAGCCGGUACUUCCCCAAACGCCCGAGUAUUACGCUCUGACGGAUCUGGUGAAGGAGACCACAGAGGCCUUUCACAGAGAAAUCCCCGGAUCUCAGGUGACCUUUGAUGUUGCGUGGUCCCCCAAAUAUGUGGAUGUUCGUUGCUAUAACUAUUCUGCCAUAGCGGAGCUGUCCGACUUUUUGUUUGUAAUGUCCUAUGAUGAGCAAUCUCAGAUCUGGACAGAAUGUAUCGCUGGAGCCAACGCACCAUUUAACCAAACCAUAACUGGUUACGAGCAGUUCAUUAAUAUAAGCAUUGAUCCGAAGAAGCUUGUAAUGGGUGUCCCGUGGUAUGGUUAUGAUUAUGUCUGUCUCAAUUUAACAGAGGAUAACCGGUGUGCAUUGGAAAAACGCGCGUUCAGAGGAGCUCCAUGCAGCGAUGCGGUAGGCCGUCAGGUAGGCUACGGGACAAUUAUGAAGCAGGUGAACAGUUCUCUGACAGGGCGGUUAUGGAAUGAUGAGCAGAAGGCUCCUUUUUACAAUUACAAGGACAAAAAUGGGGAAACCCAUCAAGUGUGGUACGAUGACCCAGAGAGUAUAAGACUGAAGGCAGCCUACAUCAAGAAGCUCGGCCUCCGAGGGAUCGGGAUGUGGAAUGGAGACCUUUUGGAUUAUUCUGAUGAUCCUGUAGCCCAGGAGCAAACCAAGGAGAUGUGGAAAGCGUUAAUACCAUAACUGCUGCUGGCCGUUUGACACCUCUAGCCCAGGAAGUGGUUUGUUA